AUAUGUGAGAUAUCCCAAUGCAAAUAAGAGAGCGUGUUUUAUUCAUAAGAGUGUAUCUUUGUGGCUAAAGUAGAUAAAUUUGAGCGAAAACUUUGCUUAGCCACUUAAUAACUAAUAUCAGGAUUUCGAACAUCCGGCUGACUUUACUCUAUACCUAAUUGGAUUUACACCUUAAAGUAUUUCCCUGGUUUCGAUAAAAUUCUGUGUGAAACUCGGUAAAACUGCGACAGAGACGUUUGAUAUGAUCGUGCAGGCUUUCCUAAAUGUUGCUUUAGCAAGAAUUAAUGUAUUUCGGUGCUACCAGCCUCUUUGGAGUGCCGGGAAGAGGUCGCUGAUGAAGACCGUGCUGGGAGACCUGGGACUUCGACAAUAAUCGACAAUGUAAAUCGUGUGCGCAAAAUUUUGAGCUCAGACUGUCGACUAAGAAUUCGUUUAAUUGCCCAGAUGCUAAAUUUAUCAAAAUCUGUAGUUCAUGACAUUGUGACAGUGUACUUGAACACAUAAUUCGAGUGUUCAAAGUGUACGGACGUGUUUUUGAAUUCGCUCCGUGAUUCUGAUUUUCGCAAAAAGUAAGCAAACAAUAAAUAAAAACAAACAAACAAAUAAAAAACAGUGCACACAAACUUUUAAUAAUAAACAGUGCACAAAACAAAUAUAUAAAAACAAAACACAAAACAAAAAAAAAACAAUCAAAAAUGAGUGCUUCGCAGCCUCACCCGCUAAACCGUAGGCAUUCCUUAAAUGCCUGCUUUAGCUUUGUCGAGCCAACAAAAGCAACGCCUGGCAAAAACAAAUGUAACGGCGAUGAUGAGUCAUCGCAGCGAUCAGAUGAAAGAGAGACUCAGCAAGCGCAGUCAGCAGAAGCAGCAGUAAAAAGCAAUCGGGCAACAACAAAUCCACUGACAGCAGCCACUAUGCAGGUACCAGCAAGCACCCGGACAGCGAAGGAAAAUAAAAUGCAAGGUAUGAAUGUACCAAGCAAAAAAGGGCCAUCAGUUCAGACUGGUAUUGAUCGCUACAUUAAUGUAAAAAGGAAAUUGAGUCCUAUGAAAACAGCGGUCAAUACCAAAAAAUUUCAAGCAGGCACGCCAAACAGUAAAAAGCCAGAAAUUCUUAAUGGCAACAGAUUUGCCUUAUUAAGCAAAGAUCCUAACGACGAAGCAAAGGGUACCACCACGGUCGUGAAUGCCAAACCCCCUCCAAUCUAUUUGCGUGAGCGUAGCUCAAAUGCGCUUGUUUCCGAAAUGAGCAAUAUAAUAGGCACAAACAAUUUUCACAUUGUGCCCUUGAAAAAAGGUAACAUAGAUGAAACAAAAAUGCAAACAUACACUAAAAAAAGUUUCAUGGAUAUUGUAAAAUUCCUAUCAAAUAAUAACAAGAAUUACUACUCUUACCAACUGAAGAGCUCAAAAGGCCUAGUUGUUGUAAUAAAAGGUAUAGAGUCUUCGGUAGACUCUAACGACGUUAAAGAAGAACUAGAAGAAGGUGGUUUUAGCAUUAAA